AUGUCUAUCCCAAAAACUCAAAAAGCUGUCGUUUUCGAAACCAACGGUGGUCCAUUAUUGUACAAGGAUAUCCCAGUUCCAACUCCAAAGUCUAACGAAAUUUUGAUCAAUGUCAAGUACUCUGGUGUUUGUCACACUGAUUUACACGCUUGGAAGGGUGAUUGGCCAUUAGCUACCAAGUUGCCAUUGGUUGGUGGUCACGAAGGUGCCGGUGUUGUCGUUGCUUUAGGUAAGGAUGUUAAGGGAUGGGAAAUUGGUGACUAUGCAGGUGUUAAGUGGUUGAACGGUUCUUGUUUAUCUUGUGAGUACUGUCAAAAGUCUGCUGAAUCUAACUGUGCCGAAGCUGACUUAUCUGGUUACACCCAUGAUGGUUCUUUCCAAGAAUACGCUACUGCUGAUGCCAUCCACGCUGCAAGAAUUCCAAAGGGUACUGAUUUAGCUGAAGUUUCUCCAAUCUUGUGUGCUGGUAUCACCGUUUACAAGGCUUUGAAGACCGCUGGAUUGGAAGCUGGUCAAUGGGUUGCCAUCUCUGGUGCCGCUGGUGGUUUAGGUUCUCUUGCUGUCCAAUACGCCAAGGCUAUGGGUUACCGUGUCAUUGCCAUUGAUGGUGGUGAAGAAAAGGGUAAAUUCGUCAAGGACUUAGGUGCCGAAUACUACGUUGAUUUCACCAAGACCAAGGAUGUUGUUAAGGAAAUCCAAACUGCCACUAACGGUGGUCCACACGGUGUUAUCAAUGUCUCCGUUUCUGAAGCUGCUGUUAACCAAUCCGCUCAAUACGUUAGACCAACUGGUACUGUUGUUCUUGUUGGUUUACCAGCAGGUGCCAAGAUCAGUGCCCCAAUUUUCGACUCCGUCGUUAAGUCUAUCAACAUUAGAGGUUCUUACGUUGGUAACAGAGCUGACACUGCCGAAGCAAUUGAUUUCUUUGCCAGAGGUCUUAUCAAGUGUCCAAUCAAGAUUGUUGGAUUAUCAGAAUUACAAAACAUUUACGAAUUGAUGGAACAAGGUAAGAUCUUAGGUAGAUACGUUGUCGACACCUCCAAGUAA